AUAUACCUACAUACCUACAGAUGGCGCCGUUUUUAUAUAAUCAACUUUUAAGUAAUAAUGCUUCGAGUUUUUUCAUUUGGCGCAUAGAUGAUGCUAUUUAUGAAAAUCGAUUUAACCGCGCAAUUUAUUUAAUCGAUUUGUUAAAAAUCGAUUAAUAUGACAUGGAAAAUCGAUUAUAUUAAAUUAAUAAUCGAUUAAAAUAAAAAUCUUUUAUUUUUUAACAUCCCUAGUAAUAAGACAUUUGAAAUAGACAAGUUCGUCCGUCUGUUUAUUUGCUCAUUUCGUAGCUUCUAAAGUUAUCUCAAUUUCAGUGAUAUAUUACUUAAAUGGAUUAAAUGAAAUACCAACUCAAGUAUACUAAUAUCAGUUUAAAAGACUUAAAUAAAUACUAACUUUGUAUAUGUUUGCUUAACCUUUUGGUUUUUAUAUAAAAAAAAGCUAACAGAAAAAAUGCACGGAGAAGCCCACUUUGUAGAUAUUUUAGAACCAAGAAGAACACAAAGUGGCAUAUUUAGAUUUAUGACGAGAGACUGGCACCCCAAAAAAACACAAAUAUUGGCAAAAAAUUACACUCCACAAGACCUAAAAGAUAUCACUGCUUGUUCAUUAUAUUUGGAAAUGGUCAUAGAAGCGGUAUUUAUUUCUUUAUUACAAAAAAAAAAUCGUUAUAAAUUAUUGCACGAUAAUUUGGCCACAAAAGUAUGUUUAUAUUAUGAAUGAAACUUUUUUUAGGAGAGUGCUAAAACUGGUUUUAGUAAACAAAAAAUAAAACAAGAAAUUAUGAAUUAUAUUGAAGAAAUAGGAUUGGAUAAAAAAAUGCAUGUUAUCCGAUGGCUGGGUAUGUUUGCCAUAAAAGUUGCUUUCAACAUGAAUAUCGCCAUUUAUGUCAAUGAGCCAGCUAUAGUAAAGGUGUGUUAAAAACAUAAUUGUACAUUUUGCAAAUCAACUUCAAGUGUAAUUUUUUAAAAUAAAAGUACUUCACACAAGACAUUUUUAAUUUUUAGAUUAAAUCUAGCAUGGGGAAAAAUCCUGUAUUGUUCCUACCUACGCAUCGGAGUUAUGCUGACUUCUGUAUUCUUACAUAUCUUUGUUAUCAUUACGAUAUAGAAUUACCAGCAGUUGCUUCUGGAAUGGACUUCUAUUCGAUGGCUGUGAUUGGUCAAGUGUUACGAGAAACGUGCGCGUUCUACAUUCGUCGUACGCUGGCGGGCGCUCCUCUCUAUGCAGCAACGUUGCGCCAAUACGUGCGAACGUUAGUCGCGAAACAUAACGCUCCUAUCGAGUUUUUCCUUGAAGGCACUAGAAGCAGGAGCAAUAAAAGUCUACCACCUAAGUAUGGUAUGUUAUCAAUGGCGCUGGCCCCGCUGUUUGCUGGCGAGGUACCAGAGGUAACGAUAGUGCCGGUCAGCAUCAACUACGACCGCCUAAUGGAGCAGACCACCUUCGCUUACGAACACCUCGGCGUACCUAAACCGAAGGAAUCCACUAGGGGUCUUCUCAAAUGGGUGUCCACUCUCAACGACCAGUUCGGUAACAUGUAUAUUAACUUUGGUGAACCGAUGUCAGUAAAAGAAUACCUGAAGCAUAUACCUUAUACUCGAGAGUCAUUAAAGCCGGUAGAUCUUCAGGAGUUGUCUCCGGAGCAGUUUUCACAGGUUUGAUUUGUUUUAUGAUAACUUUAUUUAAUACUUAAAUUUUACUUAUUAUAAUUAAAUUAAAACAAUGCUUAAUGACUUUUUACUAUUUAUUUAAACAUUGUUGAGAAUAUAAGUGCCAUCUUUUAAUGAAAAGAAAUAAAUUAAGAUAUGGCGUUGCAAUUCAAAAUUAACUUACCAUUUAUAAUUUGUGGAUUACAAGAACCGUAACGUGACUGAUUGUUUUUGUUAUGAAUAAAAACAUGUUCAAAACAUCAUAUAAAAAUUUUAAAAUACUUUUUUCAAAACAGUCAAGUAAUCAAUUCUGGUAACGAUUUACAAUUGAUAUGGAUCUGGUAUAUACCCAAAUUAUAAGAAUAAUGUCAACAAAUAUUGUAUGAUUUAUUUAGGUACGGGAGGUAGCGGAGGAAGUAAUAUGUAGACAACAGGCGGCGACUGUCCUCACUGCUGCCAACCUGCUGGCUGUGAUCCUCACACACUGUCUCGUCAAACGAACCUGUCUAAGUUACGAACAAUUACUGGAAGAGGUGGAAUGGCUCAAGAAGGUGUUGACGGGUCUGGGUGGUGAGGUGAUGUGUACGGGAUGUAGCGCGGAUGUAGAGCGAGUGUUGAGCGUGCACUCGCGACGGUGGAUGUUGGACGAGCGACGUUUAAUACGACUACAUACGGAUACAUACGUACAAAGGAAACGACGGGGUAUGUUAUAAAUAAUAAUAAAAAUAAAAUAAAAAAUUUUGUUUGACAUAAUCUGUUUCACUCGAUUUGUUUGAAACCAUACAGUGAGUACCAUAUAAAAAUAUUGAGUUUUUGUAUUAAGUUCUCGGAAUAGCUAAGGAAUAUCUUUUGUUAUC